CACAAAACCAAAGCAUGCACUCAUAGAAUAGAAUCUCUCAAAAAAACCUGUGACUGUGUCACUGUCAUUCUCUUUGGUACAAGAACCAUCCCUAUGAAUUUCUCUCUUGUACUCUUCCUUCUUACUACACUUUUCCUUCGAUUCCCUCUGCACUCUUAACAAAACUACAAUUCUUUCUUUCCUUUUCCCUAAACCCCACUACACACCUUCUCAUUGCAAACCAACAAAAUGUCUCUACCUUUUCCUUCUUUCUAGAUUUCCUCUCCCUUCUAGGGUUAUCAUUUUUUCACCCCCUUUUUAUUUUUUGUGGCUUUCUUCAAGUCAUUCUAUUUUCUUUCUUCGUUUCUCUUCCAUUCAAUAAACACCCUUUUGUUUUUUUCAAUCUUUAACUACAAUUUCAACCUCAAAAUCCUAACUUUCAAUCUCCUUUCUUCCAUUUUUCUGUUUUUGUUUCUAGGGUUUUGUUUGUUUAUUUGUUCAUGCUCUUCAAAUUUCAAAAUCUGUUUUUGAAGUACCAUACUGUGAGCUACAAUGCUGAGUUUCAUAAGCUUCUAAGCUAAAUGAUUCUCAUUCUCAUACAUAAUUUAAAUUUUUGAGAUUCAGUUUGUGUUUUUCUUUGAUAUUUUGUUCUAUAAGUGUUGUUUCUAUUUCAAAAAUGGGUUGUGUUCAUGGAAAGUGUUGUAGCCGUUACCCUCCACCAUCAAUAGGUGGUUCUAGGGAUUAUAGAGAAAAUGGCCCUUAUUCUGCACAGAGGAAGCACAUACUCACUCAGAGAUCACUGCACAUUGUUGUUGUUCCUUCACACAACUUCACUUUGGAAUAUUCUGUUCUAACUCAGAGAGGUUACUACCCUGAUUCACCUGAUAAAGAAAACCAAGACUGUUACUGUGUUAAAACACAAUUGCAAGGUAAUUCAAGUGUUCAUUUCUUUGGUGUUUUUGAUGGACAUGGUGACUUUGGUGGAAUGUGUUCCAAUUUUGUUAAGAAUAAGUUGGUUGAAAAAUUGUCAAAUGAUCCUGCAUUGUUAGAGGACCCUGUUAAGGCUUAUAAUUCAGCAUUUUUAGCUACAAAUGAUGACUUGCAUAAGAAUGAAAUUGAUGAUUCUAUGAGCGGAACUACUGCGAUUACCGUGCUUGUGAUAGGGGAUACACUUUAUGUUGCUAAUGUUGGCGAUUCAAGGGCCGUGGUAGCUGUUAAGGAUGGUAAUAGAAUUGUUGCUGAGGAUUUGUCCUCUGAUCAGACACCAUUUAGGAGAGAUGAAUAUGAGAGAGUUAAGCUUUGUGGUGCUAGGGUGUUGAGUGUUGAUCAGGUUGAAGGGCAUAAGGAUCCGGAUAUUCAGAGUUGGGGUGAUGAAGAGAGUCAGGGCGAUGAUCCUCCUCGGUUAUGGGUUCAGAAUGGAAUGGUUCCUGGUGCUGCUUUUACAAGGAGUGUAGGGGAUAGUUUGGGAGAGAGUAUUGGUGUUAUUGCUGUUCCGGAGGUGUUAACUGUGCAGCUUACCCCGAAUCAUCUUUUCUUUGUUGUUGCAAGUGAUGGUGUGUUUGAGUUCCUAUCAAGCCAAACUGUUGUUGAUAUGGCAGCAAGUUAUUCAGAUCCCCGUGAUGCAUGUGCUGCCAUUGCUGGAGAGUCUUAUAAAUUAUGGUUGGAACAUGAGGGUCGAACCGAUGAUAUAACAAUUAUCAUUGUUCAGAUCAAAGGCCUGUCUAAUUCAGGUACAUCCAACUAUGGAUCAGGAGAGAUCAAUGUCAGUACUGUAACGAGGGUCAAAAAGGGAAGGGGAACUUCUGGUAUAUCAGCUACCACUGGUUUAGAUGUUCAUCAUGCCGUGAGGAGUGGUUUCUCCGAUCCGCUGUCCAGUCAGCAUGUGGUUUCAUCGAGAAGCCAAGCCAUAGUAGUUCCCUCUCCCACAUGUCAAAGACCAGUUGAAUUGUGAUUGGAAAGCUUUACCAAGUCUCCUUUGACUUUCUCCUAGGUGGUAUAUAUUUAAGUUCUUAUCUUUUUGAGUCUUCUGCAUUAAUAAUAUAUAAUUCAUUGAGUCAAAAUGGUGACUCAAUUUUGUUAGGCUGCUGAAGGACUUGUCUUGGAGUUGUUGAAAGCAUACUUAUGUUUUCAUUCUUUUGCUAGUUCAAGUUAACAUAGUUAUGUAAUUUAACUACAUAGAUGCACUUCAGAAGUAUACUUAAACUUAACUGCAUCUCCUCUUUCCCAAUUUAAACAUUAGAAGGGGAUGUAUAAAGAACUUGAAAUAAAAGGAGAGUCUAAACUUCACUACUACUUGCAUGGUUGCAUGGGAUUAUGAUUUAUGGUCAAUGACCAAUAUGGAAGGCUUAUGUUAGAUACUUAGAAUGUAAAAGUAUCUAGAUUUUUUUUAUUGCA